AUGUCUGCCCCACGGCUCGAUAGAGCGGGCUCGUCCUCUCCUCCAUCAGCACCAUCAGCACCAUCAUCCCCGCCUGCUUCGCCUCGCCCACCGAAGCUUGAUACAUCAACAACACCACGACCACGCCCUCGACCAAAACUCGUCUCUUUUGGUCGUGACUCGCUACUAGGCGGACGGCCCGACACCGAGGGACCCACACAUGUGCAGUUCAUACACGAGCGAUCGCCAGACAUCAUACCCACUCGCAUGUCUUCCGAGGUCGACCCACUGCUGAAAGAGGUGCUCUCGCCUAUCGGCAGCGACGAUGACUGGCAAGGCGAACAGCAGGUCGAGGAGACCAAGAGCAGUUGGUUUUUGUUUCUGCUCACCUUUGGCGGACUUGGUCUAUCGAUAGGAUGGUCAGUAGAGACUUCCAACGGUUCGCCCUAUCUACUCUCUCUCGGCUUGAGCAAGUCUAUGCUCGCUCUCGUCUGGAUUGCUGGCCCACUAUCAGGCGUCCUUGUACAGCCCUAUGUCGGUCUGAAGAGUGAUAAUUGCCGCCUACGAUGGGGCAAGAGGCGACCCUUCGUCCUCGGGGGCGCAGCAGCCACCAUAGUUUCCCUCAUGGUACUCGCCUGGGCGAGAGAGCUCAUGGGAGGCUUUCUGAGCCUCUUUGGAGCUGACCCAGAGGGACAAUUUGUCAAGACUUCCGUCAUGCUCUUCGCCGUCUUGUUCGUAUACGUGCUGGAUUUCGCUAUCAACGUCAUCCAAGCUGGUGUGCGAGCCUACAUCGUGGACGUGGCCCCUACUCACCAACAAGAGUCCGCCAAUGCCUGGCUGAUGCGAUCAUCCGGUAUUGGCAACAUUCUCGGCUACCUAGCCGGCUAUGUCAAGCUUCCAGAGUAUCUGCCAUGGCUCGGUGGCACCCAAUUCAAAGUGCUCUGUGCUAUUGCAUCUUUCAUCAUGGCCCUUACCGUCGGUAUCAGCUGUGCCUCCUGCGCAGAACGCGACCCCCAAUUUGACACUGCGCCCGCGGAUCAGCAAGACGGCGUCGUUGCUUUCUUCAAAGGACUUGCGCGUUCCGUCGUCAAACUUCCGGCCCAGAUCAAACGUGUCUGCGAAGUCCAAUUCUUUGCUUGGAUUGGCUGGUUCCCGUUUCUGUUCUACAUCACUACCUACGUUGGCGAGAUCUAUGCUGAUCCUUUCUUCGAGGAGAACCCACACAUGACUGACGAACAGAUUGAUCGAGUCUGGGAAGACGCCACAAGAAUCGGUACAAGAGCUCUUCUUCUCUUUGCCGUUACUACCUUCCUCGCUUCCGUAUUCUUACCCUUCGUCAUACCUCCGACCUUCCAAGCUCCUGAGCCCGAUCGACCAGUAACACCCGCAACCCCCAUGACACCAGCAACACCCCACUCCAUGGGAGGGUCUGGAUAUUUUGCCCUGAGUCACACACCAAAGGGUUCUCCGAAGACAUUCAUCGACAAGAUCUCCAAGUCCAUGGAGAUGCUGCAGAUCAAGUCACUGACACUUCGUCGCUCCUGGCUCAUCUCGCAUGUCCUCUUUGCUGUGCUCAUGGCACUCACAUUUGUCGUCCGUAGUACUUGGGGCGCAACUGCUCUUGUUGGUGCUAUUGGCAUUCCCUGGUGUGUCACAAAUUGGGCUCCCUUUGCCAUUAUUGCAUCCGAGAUUUCCAAGAGGGACGCCAUCCGCCGAGGCAUUAUUCGACCGCGCGAUCGCGAGUCUCAGCUCAUUGCUGCUGGUGAAGACGAUGGUUCCGGUGCAGACUCUGCGGGCGUGGUACUCGGCAUUCACAAUGUUGCCAUCGCUGCACCACAAGUCAUCGCGACUCUCGUCAGUGCAGUCAUGUUCAAGUUUCUGCAAAAGCCAAGAGGUACCGCGGGCGACGAUAGUGUGGCUUGGGUAUUGCGAUUUGGCGGCUUGUGCGCCAUUGUAGCUGCAUGGUUGACAUUGCGAGUCACCGAGGAGAAGGUUGAAGAGGAAGUAGAGGAGCCAUUCCGCAGAAGGCGGAUGUCCUAG